GGGCGCCUUAUAAACCCUGCCCUCCCCACGCCGCGACCUGGGCUCUUCCCCUCCGCAUCCAGGCUCAUAAAGAAGCCAGGCCCCCACCGCAGCGCCUGUGGAGGACGUGCCACGACGUAGCAUGAGCGCUCUUCACUCUGCAUGCCAUGCCCUUCCCCAACAGCUCUGACCUCAGCCCACCCUCCUUCAUCUUGGCCAGUAUCCCAGGGCUGGAGGCUGCCCAUUUCUGGAUGGCGAUCCCUUUGUGCUCCGUGUACAUCAUGGCUCUAGCAGGCAACUGCGCGGUGCUGUUCAUCGUCAAGACGGAGCCCAGCCUGCACGUCCCCAUGUACUUCUUCCUCUGCAUGCUGGCUGCCAUUGACCUGGCCUUGUCCACCUCCACAGUGCCACGCGUCCUCUCCUUCUACUGGUUCAACACCAGGGAGAUCAGCUUCAGUGCCUGCCUUGUCCAGAUGUUCUUCAUACACACUCUCUCGGCCAUUGAGUCCACCAUCCUCCUGGCCAUGGCUGUGGACCGCUAUGUGGCCAUCUGCCACCCACUGAGACAUGCUGCCAUCCUCACCAAUGCCACGACAGCAAAAAUAGGGCUGGCAGCCAUGGUCAGGGGAGUUCUCUUCUUCCUGCCCUUGCCUUUGCUCCUCCUGCCCCUUCCUUUCUGCAGCUCACGGGUGCUGUCACACUCCUUCUGCCUGCACCAGGACGUGAUGAACCUGGCCUGUGCCAACACCACCCCCAGCGUGGUGUAUGGCCUCACCGCCAUCCUGCUGGUCAUGGGGCUGGACGCCCUCCUCAUCUGCCUCUCCUACCUCCUGAUCCUCAAGGCUGUCUUGCGGCUGGCAUCAUGGAAGGAGAGGCUCAAGGUGUUCAGCACCUGCAUUGCCCAUAUCUGCGUGGUCUUGGCCUUCUACGUGCCGCUGAUCGGGCUGUCCGUGGUGCACCGGUUUGGGAAGGACCUGGCUCCACUGGUCCAUAUCACCAUGGGGAAUAUCUACAUCCUAGUGCCAGCCGUGCUCAACCCCAUCAUCUACGGGGUGAGGACUAAACAGAUACAGAGGAGGAUCCUGAAUUUCAUUCACAUUUACAACAACAGAACUGCCCAGUGACUUGUGCUUGGAUAUUAUCUCCUGUUUCCUCUCAAUGUCUCAACUUGUUUUACUCUCAGAGUCCUUGGAGCUGGGGCUAUCCUCCGUGCAGCACUCAGCACAUGGUUGGAAACUCUUAGGUGCUAUCACAGGGUAAAAAGGAAACAGCAAUUGCAAAUUCCUUCCAAGAGUGUUUACUCCACCAAACUUGGAGUGAAUCUACUAUGAUGAUCCAAAUCAAAGCCUGAUCCAGCAGACAUGGGAAGGAAAAAAAUCUCAGCAAACUAAGAACAAUGUCUUGACAUUGCACUUCUUUGUCCCCAUCUCCUCUCUAGCAUUUGCACAGCUGAGUGAAUGCCACAGUGGUUUGCGAAUGAUUUAGUUAGUUCAUGUUUUGUGCUAGUGAUGCGCUCACUUUCCAAAAAUAUUUUAGCAACGUUUUUGGCUAAAAUGUAUCUUUGAGUAAAAUAAUGACAAGUGACAUUAUAGGUGCAGAAAUGCACUUUAAAAGUGCUCCGGCUUUGUAGUCUUGUUCUGAUAUACAGGGUGUCCAGUUAAGACAGCUCUGACACUUCACAGCCCAGAGCUAUUGACAGGGGUUGUGAAAAUAAGUUUCAUUAAUAAUUGUAUUCUAGAAUACCAGUCUCUCAAGAGAAAAAUCAGGAAGUUAUAAACUUCAGGGAUACUCCCCAGCUGAAGGAAUCACUGUUUCCAAGUGGAAGGUGCUUUAUACCUUUGACUUCACGCAUGCAUGGAUUUCCAAAGGAGUUCAAGAUCUCCAUCCUUCUGAUUUUUCUUAUAAUUCCAAGAUAUUCUGCAUUAAAUCAGAAUACCUCAUAGCCUUUCCUCUCCUUAGUCUUGCAACUCUUCUGUCAGUGGGAAGCUAUAAAACUCUCUUAAUGUGAUGGAAACCUACGAGUCUUGGGGCCAGUGAAGAUGUGAAAGACUACCUAGAUGAUUUUGUGGUUCAAAGUGCAUUUGUUUUGUCUGGCCAUCACCACUCCACAGGCACAUAUCUAAAAAUGUAGCUUACCAAGAAAAAAACACUGUACAAAACAUUUUUCAUUUACACCAUUUCAUAUUUUGGAAAAAGGAUGAAGAUCGUGGGAAGGGAUGUUAUAUAAUAGGACUUCACAAUGGAGCAUACUGAUUUAAAGAUGUUCUCAUAUCUUUCCUUUCCCUAAUCCAUUGAAAAUUUUUACGUACUUUGCCUUUACAAAAAUGUUUUUUUUUCUUCAUAAAUAGAAAAACAUCCAAGCAAUCCCUUUUUUCCCCUCUUGGUUUAAACUCUUACCUUGUUGUUUGUUGGCUAUUUUAAACUAUGCUCUUCAUCCCUGAGGUAGCUGUGGAGUCUCCUUCCUUGGAGAUCUUCAAAAGCCAUCUGGGUUGCAUUGCCAUGGGCAGGAAUGUGUUUGCUGUUCCCACAGAUCGACUCUGGAGCAGCCCUUGGAAUUCCUCUGGUGAGAGGGCUGGGUGAUCUCUAGCUGGCUGUCAGUACACAGGUGAGUAACACAGAGGAAGUCAUUUGGGUGCAAAACCCAUCACCAGAAAGUACCAGGUACUUUCAUGAUGGCUGAUCUGUGCUCCAUUAGGAGGUCCAGGAGCUCUUGAACACUGUUGUCUCCAUCAGCAGAAUAUUGUCAAAGAAUCUGUGGGGUCAUUCGGGAUGGAAGGGAGCUCCAGAUAACUGCAGUCCAAACUCCUGAUCUAAGCAGGGGCAGUUCAGGGUCAGACAAGGUAGCAGAGAUGUUUAUCCAGUCAGGUGUUGAAAGCCUCCAAGGACAGAUGUAGGACAACAUCCCUGGGCCUUUAUUACAACGCUUGACUGUCCUUACUGUGAAAAAUUUUCUCUUUAUAUCUGGCUGUGAGAAGCCUAGCUUUAUCUUCCUGACAAUGUCCUCAUGGGUAGAGAAAAGCUGCUCUUCUGCUCUUGGGAAGCACCAAAGCCUGUUCUUCUGAGGCUGGACAAGCCUAUUUUCCUCCUCAAGUAGCACUGGUCCAGCCCCAGCCACCCUGCUAGCUAUCAGAUGAGCAUGCUCCCCCUUGUCAGUGCCUUCUUUGUGCUGGGGCCCAAAACUGGAUUUGUUAUCUAGAUGUGGUUUAGCAAGUGCUGGGUAAUCCCUCGAGGACGUGGCCUAUCACAGCCUGGAAAGGUCAGCCUGGAGCCCAAAAUAAUGAACACUGGGAGGAACUUCUAGAGAAGGAGAAAAGAGCAGAAUGAAAAUGACAGGAGGUGUAAAUCUGCACUGGUUUACAACAUACAUGUGGAAGUAUGCUUUACAGUCAAAGUGUUGUAGGGUGAACUUUUAUUUAAUGUUAAAUGGAUCAGAAUACUUGGGGAAAGCCCAUAGAAUUAAGUUGAGCUAUGAAAAGUAGAGUAUUUUGGAAAACAGCGUAAGGAAAAUGUACUAUUUCCUCCGGAGAGAAUGGAAGCAAAGAAAAGCAAGCACACACCCCAAAAAGUGCAGAGGUUCGAGAGCUCUCCUCCCUCACGGCUCCCAGGAGGGGGCAUGCAGAAGCAGCUGCAGUUCUUGUCCAGAGCAGCAGAACAGGGAGCCCUGCUCAUCCCUGAAACUUUCAUCAUCGAGUUGCCUGUGACACGUGGCACUGGUUUAUCACUGUGGCACCUGCCAACACCAGUUCUGAUUAUGCAUGGGAAGUUUAUGGGAUUGCAUUUGUGGGGUAUUAAAUUCCAGAGAGAACAUCGUGCCUGUCUGUCCUCCUGUCCAGCAUGGGUCUUGUGUAGCACCAAGGACAUCUUACAUCCUGUCCGUAACAUCUGGCUGUGCUGAAAGGGUUUGCUCCCCCAGAACACAUGCUGCUUUUCUCCAGGGCCUUCAAGUGACAGGGUAAUACUCUGGGGUCUGGUGUGGUUCCUUCUGAUUGCCAGCUAACACUGGGAGUAAAAGGGGUGUCCUUUUUGUAGUCUGUGUUUCUGUAGCUUCAGACUCCAUGGAACAUGUUUCACUAAAACAUUUACUCCUAAAUUAAGCACAUUUUAUUUCAAAAUAAAUACUUUCAUUCAAGCAAGUUACAAGUAGUUGCCACCUGGGACUUAAAAGCAAUUUCAUCCCUAGUCAUUUUUGUCGUAUUCUGUUUUAUUAGAGCUUGAAGGGCAACAGGUUUUCAUAAAAAUGAAAACAAUCUGUACCUGCCUAAUGUGAUUUGAGAAGUGUGACUGAAUUUUUCAGAGACGCACUAUGGAUCCAAACACUUUUCAGACAGCUGUGACAUUGAGAAAUGGCUCCUGCUCAUUCUCCAUAUGUUCCUUAUUUUGUUUCCUUUUGUAGUGAGGGAAAAAUUAAUAAAGGAAAAUGAAUGAACCAUCCCGAAAAUGC